AUGCGUUAUGACAUACCCAUGGUUUUGAAUCAGUUAAUAUUCGUAGAAAAGUUAUUUACACUUGACGAAUUAAAUUUGAGGUUGCCCGGAUUCGAUUACGGAGAGAACGAUAACAUAAAUAAACCCUUAGGCGUUUCAGAGAAUCAAAUUAAACCAAACAACGAGGAUCAGCAGCAGCAGCCGUCACUGGUCCAGAGUUCAUCUCAAAGGUUAGCAAAAAUUAAAGUUUUUAAAGCUAGAAUCAGCAACGCACAACGUAUGCUAGCCAAUUUCGAGAAACUUCUGGCCGACUAUGUACCGGAAAGAGAUUUUCCUGUUCUAGAAAUAAGAGAAAAGGAACUAGCUUUUGAACGCGAAAAUUUCGAUAAAUUCAUAUCCGAAAUGGAGUUACUUGAGGAUGAUUCCGAUUAUGGAAACGUCAGAACUAAAUUUGAUGAAAGCUAUUUUUCGUGCUAUAAUCCCGAGUUUCACAAGCCAUCUGAUAUCGACAUUCUUAUUGGCGUCAAACUCUUUUAUAAACUCUUGUGUGUUGGUCAAAUUGAGUUAAAAAAUCAUCCGAACGUUGUGCUGCAAAAAACUCAACUCGGAUGGAUCGUAACGGGAGAAAUAAAUAGCCCUUCUCCUACAACCAAAGUUCAGUGUCAUCUCGCGAUAAACUCAACACCUCUCGACUCGAGUCUCACUAAAUUUUGGGAAGUCGAGGAAAUUCCCAAGUCAAAAUUACUUUCCGCUGAAGAAAGGGCAUGCGAAGUCCAUUUUGCAAAUAAUACGCAACGUGAUGCCACUGGCCGUUACAUUGUCAAAUUGCCCUUCAAUGAAAAUAAAGGUAAACUCGGAGACUCGCUCCCAAUUGCUUCUCGUCGUUUCGCAUACUUAGAAAAUCGUUUCGUAAAAAAUCCUGAAUUAAAAAAGGAGUAUUCUAUAUUUCUAGAGGAAUAUGAGACUUUAAAUCACAUGUCGCUUAUUAAAAAUUCAAACUCUGCUGAACUUGGAUUCUACCUUCCACAUCAUGCCGUGGUAAAAUCGGAUAGUCUCACCACUAAAAUUCGUGUCGUUUUCGAUGGUUCCGCCAAAACUUCCUCUGGCAUUUCUCUAAAUGAUUCGCUGAUGGUCGGUCCUACGAUUCAGGACGAUCUUUUCUCUUUAUUAACUCGAUUUCGUACUCACAAAUAUGCCCUCACUGCAGACAUAGAAAAAAUGUACCGUCAGGUCUUAGUACAUACCGAUGACGCUGUCUAUCAAAAAAUACUUUCUCGCGAAAACCAAAAUGCACCUAUAAAAAUAUACUCGUUAAAUACUGUCACAUACGGUACUUCCCGCGCGUCUUUUCUGGCCACUCGCGCAUUACAUCAAUUAGCCAACGACGAAGGAGCACAGCAUCCAAUCGCUGCUGCCUUUUUGAAAAGAGAUUUUUAUGUCGAUGAUCUCUUAACCGGCGCAAGCACGUGGCACGAAGCCGCCUUUCUUCGAAAUGAUCUCAGUAAACUCCUGGAAAAGGGAGGAUUUCCUCUUCGCAAGUGGGCUUCAAAUGACCCCACUCUACUUUCGGACGUUCCCGUUAACCCUUCCGAUACUCACAUGUCGCUCGAUCCAAAAUCUACGAUAAAAACUUUAGGAAUUCAGUGGAAUCCUCGUCAAGAUUUCAUUUUUUAUUCAGUGAACUUGUCGGACUGCCCAAAGCAAGUCACAAAGCGUUCCAUUCUUUCGCAGGUCGCAAAACUAUUCGACCCACUAGGUUUAUUGGGUCCUGUAAUUGUCAAAGCCAAGAUUAUUAUUCAACUUUUAUGGAAAGCUGGCGUUUCUUGGGACGGCUCAAUUCCUCUUAGUAUCCACACUAUGUGGACCGAAUACAAAGAGCAAUUGCCACUUUUAAGUGACGUCAGAUUUGAUUGUCUUAUACUCGCUCCCGACUAUAGCGAAAUUCAAAUGCAUGGUUUUUCUGAUGCAAGCGAAAAAGCGUAA